AUGGACCCCCUUUCGCUGUCGCUGACCAUGGUCGGUCUCCUACCGGUCAUUGCGAGCGCCAUUCGACAGACAAAAUCACUCUACACAGAUGUGACCCAAGCCAAAGAAUUGAUCAAGGAGCUGAUGGACGAGUUGACGGCUUUACGGGGUAACCUCGUCUCGCUAAAGGGCCUUCUCGAGAGCGACGCAAUAAAUACCGAGGGCGUGAACUUUGACCAGUCCUCGGUCUUGGUGUCCUGCUCCAAAGCAUGCAAGGUCAAACUGGAGUCACUGUGCGAGACGCUCGAACGGUACGCCAAUAGCCGGACGAGACGACUGGCGUGGCCUCUCGCUCAGAAGGAAUGCAAAGAGUCGCUCCGGAUACUCCGCAACUUUGCCUUUUGGAUCCAGCUGUCGUUGUCCGUGGAGGGCUGCCGCUUGUUAUCGCGCAGCUCCGCUGACGUCUCGCAGACUUUGGCGCUUCAGUUCAGGGAGUUUGAGAAAUUGCAGGAGGCCACGGCGGGAUUGCAGAGGAGUGUCGAGGCGCAGACUCAGAUGCUGAACGAUUCCCGCCGGGAGCAGAAGCGACGCGAGGUCCUUGAUUGGAUUUCUCAGUUUGAUCAUGAGAAACGGCACUUGGAGGCCAAGGGUCCCCGCGUCGAGAAUACCGGACGCUGGAUUGUUGAGCAUCCUUAUUUUGAGAACUGGCGUGACAAUCUGUCGUCACCUAAUGUCCUCUGGUGUCAUGGGCUUCCUGGCUCUGGAAAGACGGUUUUGACGUGA